UCCAAAGAGAGACCCGAACUAAAGUUAGACUACUGGUUAAACCAUUUCAGACUGACAAUCUUUAAGUAGAUUGUAGACAAAAGAUUCUAAAUACAUUAUUUUAUCACGUUCCUAUAAGUUUAGCAUGACUUUCCUGAUGUACCUGACUUUACUGACAACAGCCGUCAUCGCACAGGUGACUGCUGGCUGCCCGGCAGUAUGUGAAUGCCCUGAGGAGCCCCUGGUUUGCCCUGCAGGCGUAAGCGCCGUGCCAGACGGAUGUGGCUGCUGUAAGGUGUGUGCUGCUCAGCUGAACCAGGACUGCAGCUCCAUGAGGCCCUGUGACCACCACAAAGGGCUGGAGUGUAAUUACGGCAACGAUGUGACCAUGGCCUGGGGCAUCUGUCGAGCAAAAUCUGAGGGGCGGACAUGUGAGUACAAUGGCAGGAUCUAUCAAAAUGGUGAGAAUUUCCGCGCCGGCUGUAAACACCAGUGUACCUGCAUUGAUGGCGCCGUUGGCUGCGCUGCUCUCUGCAACAACAAGCUGCCACCGGCCUCACCAUCCUGCCCGUACCCCCGGCUCAUCAGGAUACCUGGGCAGUGCUGCUUCAGUGUCGACUGCCAUAAGGGCACCUGGCAUCUCCCACCAGUGACUCAGGUGCGUCCACCUAAACAACCACAGCCCAAACCUCCACACCAGACUGAAAAUGAGCUGGUUCUUGUCAAUGAUCUGGGUGAUGUUAAGACCAGCGGCUGGGAAAGAGAACAAGGCUACCAGCACCUGCCAGUGUGGAACCAUCUGAAGGAGAAGAAGUGUCCGCUCCAAACCACCGACUGGUCCCAGUGCUCCCGGAGCUGUGGGAUGGGCAUUUCUUCACGCAUCACCAACAGGAACCCCGAGUGCAAACUGGAAAAAGAGACCAGAAUCUGCACCGUGCGUCCCUGCCACGGCCUGACAAUCCCAGCUAAGAGAGGGAAGACAUGUUCUCCAACCCAAAAAGCCCCUGAACCCCUCCGUCUGUCCUAUGGAGAGUGUGUGAGCGUCCGCCUCUACAGGCCCAACUACUGCGGCGUGUGCACAGACAGACGGUGCUGUUCACCCCGACGAACACGCACUGUGCCUGUGACCUUCACCUGCCCGGACGGUGAGCGCUUCCAGAGGUCAGCCAUGUUCAUCCAGUCCUGUAAAUGCAGUGACGACUGUGGCCACCUCAAUGAAGUGGCCCUCCCUCCACAGCACUGGAUGUACGGAGACACCCACAAAUUCAUAGACUAAGACUGAAGAGUGUUUUUAUUUGUAUUUUCUUUCUUGUGAUGAGGUCAAGUUUCUUGAUGAAGCAAGACAUUUCAUGACGAGAGGCCAUUUUGAUCAUGUGGCUCAAACUGGGUGAAGAACACAGGCAGGAGGGGGGCUGCCUUGGUUUUAUUCACAAUCUUAUGUUGUAAUGUGUGACCGGAGUGGAUUGUACACCAGCCUGCUCCUGCUCAAACCGACGUGGGACCUAAAUUAGAGCCCUGAAGCACACGUGGACUUGAGGCUGACUCUGAGCUGGUUCCGGUGUGGGGGAAUAUUUUGAGACCCUCGGACCGACCUGAGAGGAGGAGCCCUUCAAGAGCAACAGAGCACUUUGUUCAGCACUGACACUUAGGAGUUAUAACAUUUAACAACAGUGCACAGUGAUUUUAAACAGGAUCAUAUCACUCACAUAUUGUUGUGGUAAUGACGCAAAACCCCACAAUGCCGUGACAACCAGUGGAAGACCUACUUUCGCAGCUUUGUGUCGUGAACCAUGAAGUACAAAGCAGAAAGUAGACAGUGACUUUAAUUCACACUGCAUUAAAUCAUAACGACUUGUUAUGAACUGAAGCACUGACUGCACCCACUCUGCUUUUUUCAGCACAGUGGGUGCUGACAUGACAAGCCAUCUGAAAAUAAACUUACAGUAAUUAUGACACAGUUUCCUUGUAGCUCAGAGACCAAUAAAUGAUAAGGAACAUUAUCUGGGACUGAAACAAGUGUUCAGCCAAGUCUGGACAGUUGUCAAUUCUCUUUCUAAAGAUUGAAGAACAGAUUUUUUUUUUGUUUGUUUGAUCACUGAAUGCAGCUCAAAUAUCCUACAUAGACCUGCAUUUUACAGAAUUUAUUCUUGUAUUCCCUAAACUUUUUUAUGAACUCAUAUAUAAUUGACAAAUUGACUUGCAGUCAGUCAGAAAUUUUGUUGGUCUAUCCAUUUUAUAAAACUGUCCGCCAAGCUCAAGUUUCAUCUUAAGGUUUUAUUUUAACUCAACUUGUCCAGUUUCAAAUGAUCCCCCUUGGCAGACAGUUCAAAGGGACCAACUGUGUGGGAAAAACAGUGGCUUUACGUCUUCAAUCUGCGACGAUGGCGCCCUCUGCUCGUGAGGAGAAUUACAGUCAAAACUGUUGAGUAACUUUCUAUACCUUUUUCUAAACAUAAAAACAUUGCAUUUAUGUCAUAUUGUGAUGUACUAGUAUGUUUAAUGUGACACUGACUUUCCUAAACAUGUUUAAAAUUAAAUUCAAAACCAAUGAAUAAGGUAUAAAAAGUUUAUUUCUUUAACCAA